AUGAAUUCACCUGAGGAGAGACAUGAUAAAUUGAUAAGAGCAACAGAUUUGGAUGCAUUGAGUUGUAGAAACAGUAUAAAUGAAAAAAAUUAUUUACAACCAAAGGAUGAAUUUAUAAAUGACCUAAUAAAUUCUUAUCAAACAUACUUGCAAUAUUCCCAAGGUUAUUCCUCGUUAUCAUCUUCGAGAACAUUGAAGGCACAAUUUUUGAGUAAAAAACUACCUAUUAUCAAUAGAGGCACAUACAUGAGAACCAAAAUUAUAACUGAUUUUAUUCAAAAAUACAUAGAUUAUUUUGGUGGGGUUUGUCAAAUUUUAUCCUUAGGUAGUGGUUCAGAUACAAGAGCGUUUCAUCUUCUAAGUACAAAUCCUAUGACAAAAUAUCAUGAAAUAGAUUUUCCUGAAUCAACAAGGAUUAAAAAAUUAGGAAUACUAAAUAAUCCGAGGUUAAUGAAAUUAUUGAGUAUUGACCCAUUGGAUAUCCCUAGUGUCAAAUCGAAGGAAUCAUUUAAUGACUUGGAUCCCAACUUACACACUAAUAGAUAUCAUCUUCAUGGGUUGGAUCUAAGGGGACUCAAUUCAAUAACCCAAAUUAAAGGUUUAGAUACAAACUUACCCACUUUGAUCAUUAGUGAAUGUGUUUUAUGCUAUUUGUCACCUGAGGAAUACCGUUCAACAAUAGAAAUUUGUACGAAUUUUGGAAAUGAAAAUCUCACUAGUUUUUUGAUUUACGAACCAAUGUCACUAAAAGACUCAUUUGGUUCAACGAUGAAUCAAAAUUUGAUGGGUAGAGGAUUAAAUCUACAAACAUUUGAUGAAUAUCCUGAUCUUGAAUCCCGAUUGCGAUUUUUUAAAGACAUGUGUAAGUUAUCAAAUAUUAGAAUGACGGAUAUAAGUAAUGUAGCUGGCUACAAUAAAAACUCUCCGGCUUGGAUAGAUGAUAUCGAAUUGAGAAGAAUUAAUUCUUUAGAAAUGAUAGAUGAAAUUGAAGAAAUAAAACUUUUACUUGAGCAUUAUUGCCUAGUGUAUGGUGAAUUUAGAAAUUCGCCUAAUGCUCCUACGUUCAGCGGAGUUGAUGAUUUUAAUUGGCUAUUAAAGCAUGACCAUUAA